AUGGCCAUGGCACGAUACAAAACUAAAGCUGCUGCUCUAAUCGGGAUUGCGGUGUUGGUUGUUUUUCCGAGCAUGGUGUUUGGAUCAGGAGUCAUAUGGGUUGUUGGAGGUGAAGAUGCUAAGUGGGAGUCUCCAGGUUUCGAUUACCAAGCUUGGUCUGAUAGCAUGAGCUUCUGGGCGGGAGAUGAAUUGGUUUUCAAGUACGACCCAUCUUCUUACAACGUCGUCGUAGCAGCUUCCCAGGACGAUUAUGAUCGAUGCAAUUUGGUUCCAAACCUUGGUGUGUAUUCGAGUGGCCAAGACGCAUUGAUCUUGACGAGUCCUGGCAACUACUAUUUCAUGUGUCAAGGAUUAUGUGAAAGCGGCAUGAAGUUUGUUGCUAGAGCCAAAGAAUGA